AUCUUAUAAAUGAGAGCAAAAAGAUUAUACAAAUUGCUCGGUGUACCUACUUUGCAUGCAAUUUUUAAUGUUCAGUCUAAUAUUUUUUUACGGAAUAUAUAUAUCUGUUGUAAUUCUGUAACUGGAGAGGAAUGAACCUGUCGUUAUGUGGAAGCGGAUUUCUUGGCAUUUAUCACAUUGGAGUUGCUAAGGCGUUGAUAAAUCACGCACCUGUAUUCUUAUCAAAGAUAGACAGGGUAGGCGGGGCUUCUGCGGGUGCAUUAGUUGGAGCCAUUUUGGUGUGUGACCCCAAUAAGCUUGAUUUGUGUAGAAAAUUUAAUCUUGAUCAAGCCGAUGCAUUGCACAAGAAACUACUCGGAGGAUGGACACCUAGGUACAACGUAUUAAAACCGGUAAAAGAGUUUAUGAUAACUCAUAUGCCAGAAGAUAGUUACAAAAAAGCAAACAAUACUUUGUAUAUAUCAUUGACAAAGCUUGUGAAAGGGUCUUAUUCAAAUGAAGUGAUGUCCACUUACAGCUCUAAUAGGCAAUUAUUUGAGUGUCUUUAUGCUACAUGUUACGUCCCGCUGUAUGUUGGCGGGACAUUUCCGGUCAUUGAUGGUCACAAAUUUAUAGAUGGCGGCUUGACUAACAAUUUGGUAACGUUUAACGAAGGCAGAACUGUGACAGUUUCACCGUUCUCUGGAGAUCAAGACAUCUGUCCAGCAGAUGACAAACGCCGGAAAUUCAUCCGUAUCGGACGACAGAACUUUGGGAUAAGCAACGCUAAUAGAAUCAGAUUCCAGCACGCGCUUUCACCACCACACAAAGACAAGCUUCUGGAGUACUAUGAUGACGGGUAUUUUGACGCUGUAUCUUUUUUGAAAAAGGAAGGAUUCUAUGAAAAAUAACAGAAGAAUUUAAUGGUUUUAUAUGGUGUCUUAAAUUUAUGAAAAUCGAAUUUAUGUUAUUGAAGGCGUGUACCCGGUUUGGAUUGGGGUCGCACAAUUAAUCCACACAACAGUGUUGCAUUAACGUAGGUGUGGUUGUACUUCAGAUAGACAUGCGAUUAUGGAAACAAGGAAACUAUUAUUAUACUCUAUUUGACCAUAAUUGGAACAAUAUAAUUAAGAGAUGUUCUCAGGGACAUUUUGCAAUUUACUAUACAUUGGCAUUUACUCCAUAGGCAUGCUAGCAUACUGAGGUGUGUUAAUAUGUUAUUUUUAUAAAUAAAGUGAUAGAACAUUGUAUGUUAUUUUUUAUCAUGAAUGUAUCUCAAGCUAUGGAUACACGUUUUAAAAACUCUUACGCUUUCAUUAAAAGAGUUAUUUCAAUAGAAAUCGCAUUCACCAUUAACAAAUAUUCCGGCCUGAUUUGUAAGUGUAA